CACCUCUGUUCGCUUUGGAAGAUGUUUUGAAUGCGGAAUACCUGGAACCUUGUAGACACAAAAGCUGACUCGGAAAAAAUAAAUUAAAAAUAAACCGGCGCAAGACCCUCACGGAACAACGCUCACACCCAGCUAUGGCGAAUCAGCUUCAGCGCCUGGACCGCCGCGCGCUGGUCCCGCUGUGCAUUUUCCUGGGGACCUUGCUGACCUUUGGGACAGGACAAAUCCGAUAUUCGGUUCCAGAAGAGACAGAUAAAGGCUUCUUCGUAGGCAACAUCUCCAAAGACCUGGGGCUGGAGCCCUGGGAGGUCGCGGACCGCGGAGUCCGCAUCGUCUCCAGAGGAAAAUCGCAGCUUUUCUCUCUGAAUCCGCGAGGCGGCAGCUUGGUGACUGCGGGUAGGAUCGAUCGUGAAGAGCUAUGUGAUACGGUGCCCUCCUGCUUGCUGAAUUUGGAAAUUCUCGUGGAGGAAACCCUGAAGAUUUAUGGAGUGGAGGUGGAAGUAAUGGACAUUAAUGAUAACGCCCCCAGCUUCCGGGAAGAAGAGGUAGAGAUCAAAGUCAGCGAGCACACUAGUCCUGGGUCGCGAUUUCCACUUCCUAAGGCUAGGGAUCCAGAUGCAGGGAUGAACUCCCUCCAGAGCUACCAGCUCAGCCCAAGCAGUUAUUUUUCCUUGCAGGUGAGAGGCGGGACUGAUGGGGACAAGAAUCCAGAGCUAGUGCUGGAGGAGAGCCUGGACCGGGAGAAAGAGGCAUCCCACCACCUCCUCCUCACAGCCUUGGAUGGGGGAGAUCCCAUCCGCACGGGGAUGGUUCCCAUCCGCGUGGUGGUCCUCGACGUAAAUGACCACAUUCCAAAAUUUACACAGUCUGUGUAUAGAGCGAGUGUGCCUGAAAACCUCAGCUCCGGAACGCGGGUGCUCGUGGUAAAUGCCACAGACCCAGAUGAGGGUAUCAACGGGGAAGUGAUGUACACUUUCCGGAAAAUGAAAAGCAAAGCUUCUGAAAUAUUUCAACUGAAUUCUCAAACUGGAGAAGUUCUAGUCGGAAAGCCGCUGGAUUUUGAAAAAUAUAGAUUCUAUGAGAUGGAAAUUCAAGGCCAAGAUGGUGGGGGGUUGUUGAGCACCACCAUGUUGCUGAUCACGGUUGAAGAUGUGAAUGACAACGUUCCAGAGAUAACUGUCACCUCUUCCAUCAACUCAGUGCCGGAAAAUUCUCCUUCGGGUACAGUAAUUGCUCUUCUAAACGUUCAGGAUCAAGAUUCUGGAGAAAAUGGUCAGGUCUCUUGCUUCAUUCCUAGUGGUCUUCCUUUUAAGUUAGAGAAAACCUAUGGAAAUUAUUAUAAAUUGGUAACCGAUAGUGAACUGGACCGGGAGCAGGUAGAGAGCUACAAUAUUACACUGAUCGCCAAAGAUCAGGGAAGUCCACCCUUGUCUACAGCAACUCACCUCCUGCUCAAAGUGGCAGAUGCCAAUGACAAUCCUCCAGUUUUCACUCACUCGUCUUACUCGGCCUACAUUCCUGAAAACAACCCUAGAGGUUCCUCCAUCUUCUCAGUGACCGCCAUUGAUAGGGACAGCAGAGAAAAUGCCCAGGUCACGUACUCUCUGGCUGAGUACAGUAUCCAGGGAUCACCUCUGUCCUCUUACGUUUCUAUCAACUCAGACACCGGUGUGCUGUAUGCCUUGCAAUCCUUCGACUAUGAGCAGUUCCAGACCCUACAACUGGGAGUGACCGCUAGUGACAGUGGGAACCCACCAUUAAGCAGCAAUAUUUCACUGACCCUUUUCGUGCUGGACCAGAAUGACAACACUCCAGAGAUCCUAUACCCCUCUCUCCCUACUGAUGGCUCCACUGGUGUGGAAUUGGCGCCUCGCUCCGCAGAGCCAGGUUAUUUAGUGACCAAGGUGGUGGCUGUAGACAGAGACUCCGGGCAGAACGCUUGGCUGUCCUACCGCCUGCUCAAAGCCAGCGAGCCAGGCCUCUUCUCCGUGGGGCUGCACACGGGGGAGGUGCGCACGGCCCGAGCCAUGAUGGAUAAAGAUGCUCUCAAGCAGAGCCUCGUUGUAACUGUGCAGGAUCACGGCCAGCCUCCUCUCUCCGCCACUGUCAGGCUCACCGUGGCGGUGGCUGACAGCAUUCCAGAGGUUCUGGAGGACUUGGUUAGUCUAGAGUCUCCUGCCAACCGGGAUGAGUCGAGUCUCACCCUCUACCUAGUGGUGGCCAUCACUGCAGUCUCCUGCAUCUUCCUCAUCUUUGUCAUGGUACUGCUGGCUCUCAGGCUUCGGCGCUGGCACUCAUCACGUCUGCUCCAGGCUGCCAGCGGAUUGGCUGGCGUGCCUCCUUCGCACUUUGUGGGUGUGGACGGGAUGCAUGCUUUCCUCCAGACCUAUUCCCACGAAGUUUCGCUCACUGCAGACUCAAGGAAGAGUCACCUGAUCUUCCCGCAGCCCAACUAUGCAGACACGCUCAUCAGCCAGGAGAGCUGUGGGAAAAGCGAGCCUCUACUAAUACCUGAAGACUCAGCUACAGUUUUAGGCAAAUGUGAGCCAACCGAUAUUCAGCAAGCCCCGCCCAACACUGACUGGCGUUUCUCUCAAGCCCAGAGACCCGGCACGAGCGGAUCCCAAAAUGGGGAUGAAACCGGCACCUGGCCCAACAACCAGUUCGAUACAGAGAUGCUGCAAGCCAUGAUCUUGGCCUCUGCCAGUGAAGCCGCUGAUGGGAGCUCCACUCUGGGAGGGGGCACUGGCACUAUGGGUUUGAGCGCUCGAUAUGGACCCCAGUUUACCCUGCAGCACGUGCCUGACUACCGCCAGAACGUGUACAUCCCUGGCAGCAAUGCCACACUGACCAACGCAGCUGGCAAACGAGAUGGCAAGGCUCCGGCAGGCGGCAAUGGCAACAAGAAGAAGUCGGGCAAGAAAGAGAAGAAGUAAUAUGGAGGCCAGGCCUUGAGCCACAGGGCAGCCUCCCUCCCCAGCCAGUCCAGCUUGUCCUUACUUGUACCCAGGCCUCAGAAUUUCAGGGCUCACCCCAGGAUUCUGGUAGGAGCCACAGCCAGGCCAUGCUCCCCGUUGGGAAACAGAAACAAGUGCCCAAGCCAACACCCCCUCUUUGUACCCUAGGGGGGUUGAAUAUGCAAAGAGAGUUCUGCUGGGACCCCCUAUCCAAUCAGUGAUUGUACCCACAUAGGUAGCAGGGUUAGUGUGGAUACACACACACACACACACACACACACACACACACACACAAACACCAUGCCACACUCCCCUAGUUACAGCUGAACUCCCCAUCUUCCAACCCAGUCAGGCUCAUUCAUCUCCAGCCUCCCUCUCCCCACCCCACCCUUUCAGUCAACACCCUCUCUUUGAGCCAGGUAGUUGGGCUGUUGGGGUGACAGGUGAGCUAAGGGGGCUCCUAGUUCUGAACAGGUGGGAGAGUAUUACAAUCCUUUGGCCUCUCCUUCAGUUCAGCUGUCCCCCAAAGCAUGGUUUGGUACCAGUCUUCUCAUUUCCUCCUAGAGCCUGAGACCAAUGCUUAAGUUUUGGGGAACAGUCACCAUGCCCCUGGUACUGAUGAUGCUUGCUGGAUUUUUGGGAAGGCAUUUUGCUACUAAGCCUCUUUUCAAUGCCUGGGGACUACCAGUCUUCUGUUCUCCAUUGUUUGAUGUUCCCACUGCAUGCUGUGACUUCCUACUCCUCAAAGAAGAGACUCCUUUGCAUGUCUGGAGACAGUAGGGGGUGGUAAACUAAAGGGAAGCUGAGUGUAUACUGCUGGGAGUGGGGGCAGUGGACAAAACAGCCUGUUAAUAGGGUCUUGCAAGGGGCUCUGUACGUACCCAGGGUACUGGCUCAAUCCUCAAAUUCUAGCCAUAGACAAACAUCAGGCCAGACCCCUCCCUCCUGGUUCAGCCUGGGCAGCUUGGGCUGAGCCACCAGGACCAAUGGAUUUAAGCUGACAUUUCAGUCCAAGAAGACUUCUAAGUGAGUUUAAGACCAGAGAGGAAAGAGGGGCCUCUGUGGGUGCUGGGUACUCCAGAGGUGCCCUUGGUGGGAGGGUCAGUGGUCCUAGCAGGAAGGGAGCCCAGCAAGGUCAUUCUUGGACCCUGGGUCUAGUCCGGUAGCUAGAACAAGGGACCAAGUGGCUAUAAAGUCUCAGCCAAUGAUGAGGCUUUUCCCCUGGGCCUCUGGGCCCCUGUAUUCCUCAAGCCCCUGGCCUCCACCUUACCAGGUGCCAUUUCUCAGAAGGCCACUGCCCAGGCCCCCAGGCCGCCCCCUCGUGGCCACAGACCGGUUAAAGCCCCCCAGUGCCUCCUUGUGCAUAGAACUUCCUCUGCCCGAGCCCUUACAGUAGUGUAGAAGCCCCCUUCCUCCUCCCGCUGGUGUAGAAUAGCCAAUAGUAUAGUGUGGUGUGCUUUUACGUGAUGGCGAGUGGGCAGCGGGCGGUGGGCUGUGCGCAGCCGUCUGUCCUUUGAAUCUCAAUCUGCCUGCGCGGCCAGUGCUGUGUUUUGUGCUGUGUCCACACGCUGCGGCGACCCCUCCCUGUACUGACUUCUCUAUAAAAGCUUCUCUUCGCAUAGUCACGUAGCUCCUGCCCAUCCCCCUUCCGAUAUCUCUCGCAAGUUUUAUACUCUAAUAUUUAUAUGGCUUUUUUCUUCGAAAAUUAAAAAUAAAAAAUGGUUUCUUCUG